AUGCACGCGUCCAAGGCGUUCCGCUGCACACUCCCCAUGCUCCGCGACGACCAGCUGACUAACCUGCGCCGCUGGGCCGAGCUUCACUGCGCCCAGUCGAUCGUUUUCCGUGACGACCGGGGCAGUGCCGUGUUCGUGGGCCUCAAGGCAGAGCUUCGCACUUCCGCAAGUUUCUCGCGCACCGUUCGUACUGCUCUGCGCCGCCUCUGCAUCGACGUGCCGCUAAGGGGGCGUUGGUGUUCACUGCUCACACCGCGCGAGGCCUUGAGCAUCUGUGCGAGCGACGGCGGUCAGCGCAAUGCUGCACGCGACACGCCAGCAGCAUCCCGCAUAGACGACUCGGUUGACGAGGACAUCCGCAUCGUGGUACAUCUCGAACAGUACGCCAGAUCCCGCUCGGUGAGGGCCCAUCGUAUGAAGGAGAAGCGGAGCGGCAGCGCAGGCGCGAGCAAGGGGGAGCGCAGGAAGCACUCGAGACCGCCCUCCAGCCAUGCUCUGCACUCGCCCGAGCGCUCUCCCGCGCCACGGAAGGAGGACAAAGCGACGCACCCGCACCAGCAGCGCGAGACGCGCGCGGAGACGACGGAGCGUAUCUGGGAGGAGGUUCGUAAACGUACGCCACUGCAGACCCAGAAGCGCAAACCGUAA